GGAAACGGAGACAAAAUUCAGAGGCAAUGGUAUUUUUGAAAACAAAUGGAAACGAAAAGCGAUUAAGAUUGUCCGUUAAGCGGAAACGGGAAUUGAGAGGCGAUUUUAGAGUAUUCGCGAUUCGAAACGAGGGAAGUGGAUUGAUCUGUAUCUGAGAGUGACUUCAUCUACAAAUCAUGUGUAUGGUGCCACAUACGAAUUCAUUUGCAGCUUCGAGUUGAUCGUUGAAUUGUGAUCUCCGAAAGAAUGACAACACCAUCGCCAUCGCCAUCGCAAUCGGGAGCUUCGAACGUGGAUCUCUUCGAUGCGUAUUUCGGGCGCGCCGAUUUGGACCGCGACGGCCGCAUCAGUGGCGUCGAAGCCGUCUCGUUCUUCCAAGGCUCCGGUUUACCGAAGCCGGUCCUGGCUCAGAUUUGGGCUUUUGCAAAUCAAAGCCAAAGUGGGUUCCUCGAUAGGGCAGAGUUUUACAACGCCCUUAAGCUUGUCACUGUGGCACAAAGCAAACGAGAUCUUACUCCUGAAAUAGUCAAAGCUGCAUUAUAUGGUCCAGCUUCAUCUAAAAUACCUCCACCUCAAAUCAACUUUACUGCCCCUGUUGCAGUUGCACCCCACCCACCUGCACCUGCACCUGCAACACAGAGUUCUCUACCGCAUCAAAAUGUUGGACCAAGGGGGCCAGUUCCAAUUUUAGGUGGAAACCACCAAAAUCUUCCUUCCCAGGGAAGUCAGUUAGUGAGGCCGCCUCCGCCGCAAAAUGUCUCUGCUACUGCUUCUAAUCUGGCACCUGGUACUGCCACUCAAGGUAUCCGUGGAGUUCCGGCAGUAACAUCCUCUCCAAUGCCACCUAGAGGAAGUAGUCCAACAUCUACUCAGGGGGUUUCUGGAUCAAAUGUUGCACUGGCAGCUGGACAAUACCCUGCGUCUGGCACUAAGUCAUCUGAUCAAGCCGCUAAGGAUUCUAAAUUGGUGGUUACUUCGGGGAACGGUUUUGCUUCUGAUGCGUUUUUUGGAGGGGAUGUGUUCUCUGCAAGCACAUUUCAGCCCAGGAAAGAUUCUCCUACACAAGGAAGUUCACCACUUUCACCAGCUACUGUUCCUGUUUCUGGAGGGAACCAACAGCCGGUUAGGACUAGCUCCACUGAGUCUUUGCAGACCCCACUCGCAGCUCAGCAUGUUCGUGCACAGCUUCCGCAGGUCCGGCCACAGAAUCAGCAUGCCUCGGUCCAAACACAUAAUAUAGUGAAUCCACCUGGACAUCCAGUGAGGUUGCAGGAUUCUGCUUCCCAGUCUCCUUGGCCAAGGAUGACUCCCACUGAUAUUCAGAAAUAUACGAAAGUAUUUGUGGCAGUAGACACUGAUAGAGAUGGGAAAAUCACCGGGGAGCAAGCCCGAAACUUGUUCCUUAGCUGGAAAUUACCGCGGGAGGUUUUAAAGCAGGUUUGGGAUUUAUCCGAUCAAGAUAAUGAUAGCAUGCUUUCCCAAAGGGAGUUUUGUGUUGCACUGUACCUAAUGGAGCGGCAUAGGGAAGGACGUGCUCUUCCAGGAGUACUGCCAAGCAACAUUCUCCCUGAUUUAUCAUCUCCUGGUCAACCUGCCCCUCAGCACAGUUCUGUAACUUGGGGAAAUCCAUCAGGUUUUCAACAACAGCAAGGGAUGAGUGGCCCCGGUGCUCGACAAGUGAACCCAACUGCAGCCCGGCCACCAAGGUCGGCUCCUGUUCCGCUGCCCGAUGAAGCACCUCAGAAACAGCAGAAACCCCGAGUUCCAGUGCUGGAGAAGCACCUCAUUAAUCAGCUCAGUUCAGAUGAGCAAAAUAAAAUUAAUUUAAAGUUUCAAGAAGCAUCAGAAGCUGAUAAGAAGGUGGAAGCUCUAGAGAAAGAAAUUGCAGAGUCCAGAGAGAAAAUAGAAUUCUGCCGUGCAAAAAUGCAGGAACUUGUUCUGUACAAGAGUAGAUGUGACAAUCGUCUUAAUGAGGUCAUAGAAAGAAUAUCAGCUGACAAGCGUGAGGUUGAGAUUCUAGCAAAAAAGUAUGAAGAUAAGUAUAAGCAAGUUGGAGAUGUAUCAUCCAAGUUAACUACUGAGGAAGCCACAUUUCGUGAUAUACAGGAGAAAAAAUUUGAAUUGUAUCAAGCAAUUGCCAAGAUGGAACAAGAUGGAAAUGCUGAUGGUUCAUUACAGGCCCAUGCUGAUCGUAUCCAAUCAGAGCUUGAUGAACUGGUAAAAUCUCUAAAUGAGCGGUGUAAGAAGUAUGGAUUACGUGCAAAGGCAACAACACUAGUGGAACUACCCUUUGGUUGGCAACCUGGUAUCCAGGAAGGAGCUGCUGACUGGGAUGAAGAUUGGGAUAAGCUUGAAGAUAAAGAAUUCGCUCUUGUCCAGGAACUCACACUUGAUGUGCAGAACAUCAUUGCACCUCCAAAACAAAAGUUGCCAUCGUCUGUGAAACAGAAAGAUUCAGAAAUUAACAGUCCCAAAGUUACAGGUUCACCUAAGAGUGAUAAUGAGUCAGAAAAAGCCCAGACCACAGAUGAACAAGAAGUUGACAAUGAAUCCGUUCAUAAGAAAAGUGAAGAUAGGUCUGCAAAAUCCGCUCCUAAUACACCGUUUGCUACGAGCUUUAUUGGAAGCCCCCAGAGGGCCUUUUCUGACUCUGACAUUGGAAAGACUGCUGCUGGUGAAGAUCGCUCGCUCCAUGACCAAGAUAGCAUACAAGAAACCCAAAGUGAUCAUGGUGGAGACAAGCCUCUCUUUUCCAGCGAGAAAAUAUUUGACGAACCAAAUUGGGGAACCUUCGACACUAAUGAUGAUAUUGACUCAGUUUGGGGGUUCAAUGCCAGUAGCACCACGAAGCAGGGGAGAGAUGUUGAGGGAGUCGGAGACGACUAUUUCUUUGGUUCUGGCGAUCUCGGCUUUGGCACAAUUAAAACAGGUUCAGAACAGGGUGGUGAUCCUUUCCCAAAGAGUGGCGCAUUCAGUUUUGACGAUUCUGUUCCAAACUCACCACUUUUCAGCUCCGGCAGCUCUCCACAAAGGCCCAAAGAGUGGUUGGAAAGUGGUUUUGACAGCAUGUCGAGAUUCGAUUCUUUCCGAGCACAGGAUAGCAGCACUUUACCUGCGCAAUUUGAUUCAGGCCGCAGCAGUAUGGAUUUUGAUCAUGUUCGAGGCUUUUCAGCAUUUGAUGACUCGGAUGCCUUUGGUUCUGGCUCUGGCUUUGGCUCUGAGCCAUUUAGGACUUCAUCUGAAAAGCAAAAUCCCAGAAGUUCUUUUUAGUUUUGUAGUUAUUUUUCUAUGUGCUUUGUUGCCUCUGUUGGAGUGGGUUUUUUGUCACCCUGUUGGGGAACCUCACAUUUCUAAGAAUCAUAAUUUUGGCUUCUUGGUUGACUAUUUUUCGAAUAGGGUAUGGGUAUCAAUGUAUCAUUGUGAUUCUUUUGUUUUCGGCUUUUCUGGGUAGUAAAUAUUGUGUAUUUUUAUACUUAGAUUUUGCACUCACGCAUUGAAGUAAAUAAAUCAAUUUUUUAUGUAGAA